CAGAAAAAAAAAUAAUCAAGUUACUUCAAAACAACAGGAUUGUUUGCUAAAGCAAAAUGGGUGAACUUGAGGAAGAAAUAUCUAAACUAACAACAAAUGAUUCAAUAUAUGGAAUGUUAUCAAAUUUUGAAAUUGAAAAAAAAAUUGGGAAAGGACAGUUUAGUGUUGUUUUUAAAGCUAAGUGUAAACUUGAUGGAAAAUAUGUUGCUCUAAAGAAGGUUCAAAUAUAUGAAAUGAUGGAUUCUAAAGCAAGAUUAGAUUGCAUGAAGGAAAUCAAUUUGCUUCAGCAACUUAAUCAUCCUAAUGUUAUAAAAUAUUUAGCUUCAUUCAUUGAUGAAAAUGAACUUUAUAUUGUAUUGGAUCUUGCAGAUGCUGGUGAUCUUUCUAGAAUGAUAAAGUACUUUAAGAAACAACAACGUUUAAUUCCAGAAAAAACAAUCUGGAAAUAUUUUGUGCAAGUUUGUGGAGCUCUUGAACAUAUGCAUUCAAAGCGAGUUAUGCAUAGAGACAUCAAACCUGCCAAUGUUUUUAUCACUGCAGACGGUGUUGUAAAACUUGGUGAUUUAGGACUUGGGAGGUUUUUUAGUUCUAAAACUACUGCUGCUCAUUCUCUUGUUGGUACCCCUUAUUAUAUGUCCCCUGAGAGAAUACAUGAACAUGGCUAUAAUUUCAAGUCUGAUAUUUGGUCUCUUGGUUGCCUUUUGUAUGAGAUGGCUGCAUUACAAUCACCUUUUUAUGGAGAAAAAAUGAACUUGUAUGCCCUGUGCAAAAAGAUAGAAGAAUGUGAUUAUCCUCCUAUACCUUCAGAUAUAUAUUCUGAUCAGUUGAGAAGUUUAGUUGCUGACUGUAUAAAUCCUGAUCCAGAUAAACGUCCUGAUAUUGUUUAUGUACAUAAAAUUGCUUUAAAUAUGCACUUAUCAUCCCAAUCUCCAGCACCUCUUAAUGUUUAAGAGAGACAUGUCUGUGAUUUCUGCAUAAAAAGUUAGGGACCAAUGAAGUUUUAAUUUUCUGAAUUUAUAUGUAUAAUUUAAACUUUUCUUUAUAUUUAGGUUACAUAUUGUGAUAAAUUUUCAACAAAUUUAUAUCAUUAACAGAAAAAUACUUUUAACAAUAUAAUAAGUGAGAUAUAUUUGAUAAAGUUUCAGAAUAGGUAUUGUAUAACUUAUACAUUAUGAAUUUGUGAAGUAAAAUUGUUACACUAUUUCUAUAUACUGAAUUUUUAAAAAAUUUACAAUUUCUUUAAGUUUAUAAAACAUUUGUGAAAAAAUUUUAUAAUUUUUUUCUCUGAAAAUUCUAUUGAAUUUUUUAUUUCAAAAAAUAUAUUUGACUGUGUUUGUAAAGCACUCUCCCUAUAUAGUAGAUUUAUGAUUUAAUUUUCCAUUCUGAUUUGCAUUAUUCACUUUUCAAUUUUUAUGCCAU